AUGUCUGGCGCAAGGCAUUGGGAGCAAGACAAGGAGGCUACCGUGUAUAUUGGUAACCUCGAUGAGCGGGUUACAGAUAAGCUGGUAUGGGAGUUAAUGCUCCAGGCUGGUCGUAUUGUUAACGUACACCUCCCAAAAGACCGCGUCACGCAGACACACCAGGGCUACGGCUUCGUCGAGUUCAACAGCGAAGAGGACGCAGAAUAUGCGUCGAGGAUCAUGAACCAAGUCCGUCUGUACGGAAAACCCAUUCGAGUCAACAAAGCAUCUGCCGAUAAGCAGAAAGCAGUCGAAGUUGGCGCAGAGCUAUUCGUUGGCAACCUGGAUCCCAUGGUUACAGAGCAGGUGCUAUACGAUACCUUUAGUCGAUUUGGAUCUCUAAUAUCACUUCCUAAGGUUGCUCGAGACGAUUCAAACUUGUCCAAAGGUUAUGGAUUCAUAUCGUUCUCGAACUUUGAAGCUUCCGAUGACGCUAUUGCCAACAUGAACGGACAGUACCUUAUGAAUAAAGAGAUAUCCGUACAAUAUGCCUACAAGAAGGACGGUAAGGGAGAGAGACAUGGUGACGAGGCGGAGAGAAUGCUCGCUGCUCAGGCCCGGAAACACAAUGUCCAGCCUCAGGCGCAACAACCAAUACCACCUCAAUUUGCUGGUGGCGCCCCUGCCGGCCCUGGCGGUUCUAUGAAUGCCGGUGGACAGAACGUACCUCCUGCGGUGCCGGUGGCGGCAGGGAUGGAUGCUGAACAACAACGGCCACCGAUCAACGUUGGACCAGCACCACCGGACUUUGGCGCAGGCAGAGGCAUGGCCCCCGUGAUGAAUGGGGGAUAUCCGAACAUGAACAUGGCUGGUCCGCUCCCACACCACCGCGCACCGCACGCACCUCAUACACCUCAUACACCACACGCACCACCUCACCCUCCUCAACCACUAGUCACACCUCCCCCCGGGCUUCCUGCCCGCCCUCCGCCAUCACAAGCUGGCUAUGGCGGACCUCCCCCAGGGUUCCCCGCCCAGCCGCCUCGAUUUGGCCAGCCUCCGCCGGCAGUUUUGCCCCCCCCGCCAGUAGGAGGCCCUCCUGGCCCUCCUGGCCCACCCGGUCAACUCCCACCCGGAUUCCAGCAACAGGGGUACGGCCGUGGCCGUUGA